AUGACUUCGUACGAGAGCGCGCGGAGAAGAGGUAGGGAGAACACAGUGUCCUCUGCCCUAGAAGACGCAUUCAAAGAUGCGAACUAUAGGGCCGGUCAGUGUGUGAUCCAAGAAUCGGAGUCCACCUGCGUGUUCCGGCCUGGGAGCCUAGCGGACCGGGUAGACCUUGGGCGAUGGCAGAUGUGGAUAUAUGCGAUGCGCAACUACCCUCAGGUCCCCGCGGAGCCGAAGAAGAAGAACUUGUUGGCAAAGCCUGCUAGUGAGAAGGCAGAUGAGAUUUUCCCAUGUGAGGGGGCUAUUCUAGCCUCCUGUUUAGGAUAUGAGUCUGACAAGAUUCACAGCAUAGCCCAGCGGUCACCCGACAGGGAGAUCGCUCGCAGUGCCUUAUUAAAAGCUCGGAAACCUGACUGCUAUAAGUACAAUGAAGCGGCGUUUGAGGACUACGUGGAGCACAUCGUGAAUUUGUUCUCUGCUGCCCAGCUAGUAACAGAGGAGGAGGCGAGAGCUGCAGUCGAGAUUGAUUGCUCUGAUAUAUCACCAAAACGAAGCGGGAUCCCAUCUGUGUACUUUGUAUUUUUUGGCAAGCUAAGCCGUCCUAAUCCUCCCUCUCCUGAGGUGAUAUCACUAUUGGAUUCUCCAAUUUCAGCUCCGCUAGGAGACGACCAAGUAAGAGAGGAACAGGAAAGACUUGUGAGAGAGGAGCAGGAGCGGCUUGCACGACAGGAACAAGAACGACUCGCGCGAGAAGAACAGGAAAGACUUGCACUGGAGGAGCGAGAGACACUCGCACAAGAAGAGCAGGAACGGCAAGAACGGCUCGCAAGGGAGGAAUAA